CAUCGACGAGCCAGUGACGAAGAAUCCGAGAAACUGGUCGCGCGGGCCGGCCUCCGCGUCUUUGCAGAACGGCGCCGGGCGUCCCGACGCUAGCAUGAAUUUCGUCGCGAUCGGACUCGACUCGCUUGUGAGAACAUCCGAUAAAUUGAACGACGCGAUAACGCUCCGGCUCGGCGGCUGAUUUCGCGAAAUAUCAAUCGCACGAGUAUCGCGACCGACUGCCCCGCGAAUCUCCACAAAUUAGCUAAGCUGCGAGAACGAUUUCUUGUGUCCGUUAACAUCGAAACGAACGUUGCGAACGAGUGUUGGAAAAAAAUUCUCUACCCUCGACCACGAACCUACGCCCAUUGGACUAUUUAUCAACGCUUUCGAAAUGAUGCAGGAACACAAAUCCUUCCUCAUUCGCGAUCUUCUCGGCGAUGUGCUCGCCGAUCGAGUUCAAGACGACUCGGAGGACGAUUCUGCGUUGCACUCGGAUUCCGAAGACACGAUAGACCCUGGGAGCAGUCCUUGCACUCGACUGGGAAGUCCGACGCCGAUAUUAUCGUCUUCGCCGGGUCCAGCGACUUCCGGUAAAUCGUCAUGCGCUGUCAACGGUUCCGGGACUCCGAGUGGCCGGAAACCUCGCAGAAGAAGAACCGCGUUCACACACGCCCAGCUGGCCUAUCUCGAGAGGAAAUUUCGGUGCCAGAAAUAUUUGAGCGUUGCCGACCGCAGCGACGUCGCCGACGCGCUUUCGCUGUCCGAGACACAAGUCAAAACUUGGUACCAAAAUAGAAGGACAAAGUGGAAACGUCAAAAUCAACUUCGACUGGAGCAGCUGCGUCAUCAAGCGACCGUGGAGAAGGAGCUUUUGGUGAGAGGAGUCGGUCUUCAUCACGGUAGCAUAGACGCUUAUUGUCCAGGCGCUUACACUCAAACCCCAAACACGAAUCAUCAGCAGCAGCCUCCGCAGCCUCCGGCCUCGACGUCGGCUUCGACGGCCGCGUUUCUCUCGACGGCAGCGGCCCUCUUUCGCAAUGUCACGUACGUUCACGGUUGUCCCCUCUAACCCAUCCCGUAUCCACGAUUCGACGAUCGUUGCACCCUUCUCAACUGCGGAUGCAAUCUCACCGAGUGAUUAUUCUCAGUAAACAUCAUUUUCGAACUUACGAACGAGGACACUUUUCGUCUGUAAAUAUUGUAAUUAAACAUAUACAUAUAUGAGAUAUAUAUAAUACAAUUAAUAAUAAUGAGGAAUCGGUAGCGUGAUAUUCUGUUUCCGAAUAAUUGGGACGAACAACGAUAUUUGGGUUCGUCGAUUCGUUCCCGUCGAAGUAUACAAAAUUGCGAUCCUCACAGACAAAUCCUCAUUUUCGCUGAGGAUCGAUUCACUGGGAAGAGAAAUUCGUUGAUUUGACGAAUUUUUUGUUCGAUCAACAAGUCGUGAGGAACGAAAUGAAAUUUGUUGGUUCGUCAAAACUUUGAUGAUUCAACGAUCUCCUGAUGGUUGAGGUGAACAAUAUCUGUUUGAUUGAACGAACUGAGAGAUCUUGGCCGACGAAGGGGGGCCCUGCUUUAGAAAGUCAAAAAAAUCGAUUGUUUUUGGGAAAGCUUUUCUGGGAUGGACGAUAAUAACUCCCUAUAGCGAGCUUUUCGGUAUAGUUUCAAGGAUGUUUCAAGCGUACAAAAACAUUUUUUUAAUGUGAGAAAUUUUCAUUUGUACAUGCUUUGUAUACGCAAAGUCUGAUUGGCGAAGUUUCUAUCUCUAUUGUCCGUGACAAAAAUUCAACAUUUUUUUUCAUUAUCAUAUAUUUUCCUUCGCUAUGAACCUAUGAAAACCCAAAAUAAUUGAAAAAUUCUAUAUUUACAGCACGUUGAAAUGAUAUUCUUUUCUGGAAUUGUUUUUUUUUUCAAAGUCUCUAAAAAUAUAGAGUUUCACAAUUUUUCGCGUUCUUAUAGGUUCAUUCGAAAGAAAAAAAUUUGGAAUUUUUGUUGCACUCCAUUGCGAUCUCCAAAUACACAAAUUAAUUAUCUACAAAUUAGUAUUUCUCACAUUAAACAAAUGUUUUUGUACUCUUGAAAUAUCCCUGAAACUAUACCGAAAAUUUCGCUAUCGUGAGUUAUUUCCGUCUAUCUUAAAAACUGUCCCAAAAACAAUCGAUUUUUUGACUUUCUAAAGCAGAACCCCCCUAAUGAAUUCCACUUGGCUCGCCACGAUUCGUCGGUUCUACAAAAAUUUUUGGAUUCAACGAGUAUCUUUUAUCCCAGUGUAAAACUUAGCCAUUGAAUUGCUAAAAAUUAGAAGCCAUUUCUCGUCGUCAUUGUCAGUAUUAUUACGAUUAUUAUUAUUAAAAUCUGUUGUAAUUAAUACAGAAACGUGCAAUCUUUAACGACCAUGAUAUUUCGUUGAUUCAAGGGUUCUCACGACUCGAAAAUGCAAUGAUAUACUUGUAGAUAAUUCAGUUAUCAAGUGGAUAUGAUUCGAAAUAUAAUGGAGCGUGUAAACGCGUGGGCAAUCGUUGGGAGUUGAA